AUGCCAAAUUCAUUCGGUGCGCCCUGCUCCCUGGCACUGGUCCUUUGCCUUUGUGUGGGUGCUUUGGGCGUCCGCCCUGUGACAGACACUGAUGCGAUCGAAGCGAAGCAGAUGGAAGAGCAUCCAAUAGAGAAGACCAAGUCCGCGGAGGACAAGAACUCACACGCAUUGCCUGAAGCGACACUGUGGCGUGAAUUUGGCGCUGAGGAGCACCACGUUUUCAAGGCAAAUGCGCUGGCUUUUCAAAACCUAGAUCAGUCAGAGCAAUGGCGCCUGUACGCAUCAUCCAAUUGCAGCGCAGAGGAGGUGACAUCCUUUUACAUUACGAUUUACAUGAGUCAGACUGAUCCUGUUCACCAGUCCAAUGUGACACUCCAUGUGGACAAGAACCUUCCCUGGGACACCGACAUUCUCUACGCAGGGGCGCAAGGUCUUGGCCGCUGUUUGGUGUUCUUGCGGCGACCUCCUCCAGAUGCACCAGUCAUUGAGAUGUUGAAGAAGUUGCCAACAGUCUUCCAAGACAGAAGGCUACAUGCAUUUCUUGCUCUGCGCAAGGAUGCCAGGAUACACUUCGAGGUGGCCUUUGCUCUGGUCGUGCUGCUUGGUGCCGUCAUACUCGUGUGGUCGCUCCGGAUCACCGUGAAGGCAUUGAAGGAUCGUCGUCAUAGCUGGGGCUUAACAGAUGAGUCAGACUUCAGCCAGUCUCAACUUCGGCCUCCACAAGCCGCUGAGAUUUUGAAGAGAGCUUUCGCCAAUAUUGUCUACUUCCUUCUGGGUUGCGCUCUUUUUGUGGUGGAAGGCCAGCGAUUUUUUCGAAAGAACCUGGACGAUAGCGGCACUGGCUACAUCAUGGUCCUGGUCUUUCCCCUGCUCUUUGGCUGUGCUGGUGUGCUUCGCAUUUUUAUGGCCGCAGCGCGCUCGCAUUUGUACUUCUCCAGCUUGCGUCAUGGCUUGCUCUUGGAGCUGCGCGUUGUCAAGCUCUCAGGUGACUUGAUGCUGCUUUGGAUGUGGGUGGGCAUCAUUUUGACCUUGGGCAGAGCGAUGCAAGUGGUUUUUGCCCAUCGAGGCAUUGCGAUGGAGUUCGAAGAUCUCAAAGCUCUGGGGCUGCUUGCCUCACCUGUUUUCUACAUGAAGAAGUCCACGUCAGACAUGCUCGCUAUAGAAGACAUGGCAAUGAAUCGUGAGUGCAAGAUCGGCUUGGAAGGCAUUUCCGACAGGAACUUCGUUCAACUUGGAGAUGCAAAGGGCAUCAGACCAAUGAGUGAAUCUGCCUUUUUGGCUUUGGCUCGUCACCGCAAAGAGAUUCAUGUUGGGAGCGGAUUGGAGAGCAUUUGGGUACUGUGA